CUUAGGAGAAUCUUGAGAGAAAAAGAGCAAAAAUAAUAUGUCUCGUUUCUUAAUCCUAGUUGUUGUGUUUCUUUUUUGUGUCGCAUCGUCCUAUGCAGCUAAUGAUGUAAACUUGCAAGAUCUUUGCAAGCAAACCAAAUACCCUUCGUUUUGUUUAACUCUUCUCAAAUCAAAGCCAAGAAAUGUAGGUGGAGACCUCGUUAGUCUAGCACGAUACUCCAUUGACGUGCUUAAUACCAAUGCUUCCGCUACAGUCACUCUAAUAAAAAAGUUGAUUGCGGAAAGCCGUGGUGUUCCCAAGAAACAAGCCCACUACAAGGAUUGUUUGGAUCAUUUUGGUGAGGAUGGAAUUCUUGGUGAUCUUCUCGAAACUCGGCUACUCUUGAAGAGUUCUGAUUACCAGGGUGUGAAUAUCCAUAUGGCUGGUGUCAUGACCAAUGUUGAUGACUGUCUUUCAGGAUAUUCAUCUGAUACCUCUUUGCUUCCAAAAUAUGCAAAUGAUGUCAAUCAAGUUGCUGAUAUUAUUCUUAUUAUUGCAGCCAUAUUAUUAAAAAAGUAGACUAUUAACUUUGUUUUCUGUUUCUUGAAUAAUGUUACAAUAUAUUAGUCAGUUUAUGAGAAAUUUUGUCCAAAAAAUAUGAGAAAU